AUGGAUGUCAAUGUUAAGAAGCAUAAUCAGUAUAAAUUGGUUGAUAUUAACCAUUGUUGUUGGUAUAAAAAGUAUGAGUCUUUUAUUCUCGAAAUGCAAGCAACUCAAAUAUGUUAUGUACCUUAUCCAAGCCAGAAGAAGGACAAGGAUGAUUGGCUAGCUGUAUUAAAGGUCAAACCUCGAAAUGUUAUUGAAUUACCUAUUAAGGAAGUGGUGGCAACUUCAGAACUGAAUGUUUCUUUUCAAGUUGAAGUCCAUGAGAUAGAUAUGUCUGUUUCUUUUGAUGAAAAUAUUCUAUUGCAUGAUCCAAAUGGGGGCGUCCUUGAAAUAAAUGAACCUCUUAAUGUUGAUAUGACUCGAGGUGGAUAUCGUGUAGGUUGGAACCUUCUUCAAAAUGCUCCAGUUCCAUUACAUUAUCUUUCAAAAGUGAAGCUGAUCCCAAUGGGAUCAACUAGAAAGAAUUUUUAUUGGGAUGCUUCCGUUAGUGAAGAAGUGGUUCAGCAACAAUGGUUGAAGAAGGCUGCAUUAUGCUACAAGAAUUUUAUUUCUAAUAUCAACAAACAUAGAGCUAUAGUUCAACUAGGCUUUGUAAAUGACCAUGUGUGGGAAAAAUGGAUGGAACUUUGGGAAAGUGAUGACUGUAUUAAGAAGUCUGAGAUAUAUUCAAAGAACCAUUAUGGUGGGCGUGAAGUAGCUGCUGGGACACACACAGGUGGCUCUAUCACAGUUGGAAAGCACCGAAAGAAGCUUGCUCUUAAAAUAGGUCGAGAUCCAACUCCAAGUGAGUUACAUUUGCAUGUCCAUACACAUAAUCAUGAUGGAAAAUCUUUUGUUGCUACGAGAGGAGCAAAAAAGAAAAGAUUAUUUGGUCUUAGGUCUGAAGCUGGCAGUUACCAUGGGAAAAAACUUUGUGCCUGCGAUACCUCCUCAUCAUCAAUACCACCUUCGAUUUUCUUACCGACAACAAAUUUAGAGGAGUUUGUUAAGCAAUUAAUUUCGGCACUUACUGCUCAUUUUAUUUUGGUAGUUAUUGAGCAUGUUGGCGGUAUUAGGGUACAAGAAGGGGUCGUUCUUGAUCCUCCUCCUACUAAUGAUGAUGAUGAUGGCAACGUUGAUUCCUAG